AUGGGCGACAAAAACGAAACUUGGGUGCCAAACUACGACAACUGCGAUAAAGUCACAGAUGCAUGUGCUGUCGAAUACACCAUCUAUGGUGACUAUCUCUCGGGAGGCGCCGCAGGGUUCUUCGCAGUUUCAUUCGUGAUUCUCCUCCUUGCACAGAUCUUUCAAGGCAUCCGCGCAAAGACAUGGUCAUACAUGAUCUGGCUAGGCAUAGGAACCAUCUUUGAAGUCGUCGGCCACAUAGCACGCUUUAGUCUCUCUCGAAACCCAUGGCAGCAAAAUGUCUUUAUCAUCUCCUACCUCACGCUUCUCCUCGCUCCGACUCUUGUCGCCGCUGCUAUAUCCGUCACCUUCAAACACAUCGUCAUGUGGUAUGGAGCAAAGUGGUCGGUGCUCAAGCCUAGGUUGUAUCCUCUCGUCUUCGUCGGUACGGAUUUUCUUUCAAUUUUCAUACAGGUCAUCGGUGGUGGCUUGACGGCUUUGGAGACAGUGGGCAAGGGAACCAAGACGACAAAAAAGCUGGGAGAGAUCCUUGUCACUGGAGGUGUUGCGUUUCAGGUUGCCAACAUGCUGUGCUGUGGAACUCUGAUGAUGAUAUACAUUCGACGUCGAAGCCAGUCGUUGAAGGGUAGGGAUUUAUUGAUGGGUGCUCCUGGUACUGCUCCUCCUUCAUACGUAACCGGGGGUCCGACGCGUGACAAGGUCCCUGUUGCUCGAGAGGAGGCGACUAUCAAAGAAGCCAAGAGGGUCCGGUGGUUCUGUUAUUGUCUGGGCAUUGCCUACGUCUGUAUCAUCCUCCGAUGUAUCUACCGUAUCGCAGAGACCAUCCCAGACAUCGCAAGAGAUGUCCUACAAAACGAACCGCUAUUCAUUGUCUUCGACGCAACAGCCAUGCUUAUAUCCAUCGGACUCAUCACAAUCUUGCAUCCCUGCUACUUCUUUCCCUACCUGGGCCUAAGCAAGAUCAAGAAGAGCCAAGGUAAGAUGUAUGAGGGUAUUCGGAUGGAGAGUAACUCUGCUCUGGUCGGACGACAACAGCAACAGUCUCAGCAACAGGGUUACGCCUAA